CUUCCCGUUGUUUAAGGCAGUUGGUUGCCCUCCUGUCCGUCAGAGGUGCGGCCCCACAGGUGGCGUGCCGCCGUCUUCGCAUUUGCUUUGCUGGGUGAUUCCCCUUGGUUGUGGACUGCGAGAGUGCCUUGAGCUUUUCGGUGGAAGAUGCCGGACAGUAACUUCGCAGAGCGCAGCGAGGAGCAGAUGUCUGGUGCUCAAGUCAUCGCCCAGGCCCUCAAAACGCAAGAUGUGGAGUACAUAUUUGGCAUCGUAGGCAUCCCAGUAACCGAAAUCGCCAUUGCUGCCCAGCAGCUAGGCAUCAAGUACAUCGGGAUGAGGAAUGAGCAAGCGGCUUGUUAUGCUGCCUCUGCGAUUGGGUAUCUGACAGGCAGGCCAGGAGUCUGCCUUGUUGUUUCUGGCCCAGGUCUCAUCCAUGCCUUGGGUGGUAUGGCAAAUGCAAACGUGAACUGCUGGCCCUUGCUUCUGAUUGGUGGUUCCUCUGAAAGAAAUCAGGAAACAAUGGGAGCUUUCCAGGAGUUUCCUCAGGUUGAAGCUUGUAGAUUAUAUACCAAGUUCUCUGCCCGUCCAAGCAGCAUAGAAGCUAUUCCUUUUGUUAUUGAAAAGGUACGGUAUUUAAGGGCAGUGAGAACCAGUAUCUAUGGUCGUCCAGGUGCUUGCUAUGUUGACAUACCAGCAGAUUUUGUGAACCUCCAGGUGAAUGUGAAUUCUAUAAAGUACAUGGAGUGCUGCAUGUCACCUCCUGUCAGCAUGGCAGAAACCUCUGCUGUACGCAUGGCAGCUUCUGUUAUUAGGAACGCCAAACAGCCCCUUCUUAUCAUCGGAAAAGGUGCUGCCUAUGCUCAUGCAGAAGAGAAUAUCAAGAAAUUGGUGGAGCAAUAUAAACUGCCAUUUUUGCCCACCCCUAUGGGGAAGGGGGUUGUCCCUGACAACCAUCCAAACUGUGUAGGUGCAGCCAGAUCCAGGGCUUUGCAAUUUGCUGAUGUGAUUGUUUUAUUUGGUGCCAGACUAAAUUGGAUUUUACAUUUUGGACUGCCUCCAAGAUAUCAGCCAGAUGUGAAGUUUAUCCAGGUUGAUAUCUGUGCAGAAGAACUGGGUAAUAAUGUAAAGCCCGCUGUUACUUUGCUAGGAGACAUAAGUGCUGUCAGUAAGCAGCUUUUAGAGGAACUUGAUAAAACAGCAUGGGAGUAUCCUCCAGAGAGCAAGUGGUGGAAAACUCUGAGAGAAAAAAUGAAGAGCAAUGAAGCUGCAUCCAAGGAAUUAGCUUCCAAAAAAUCCCUGCCUAUGAAUUAUUACACGGUAUUCUACCAUGUUCAAGAACAACUGCCUAGAGACUGUUUUGUGGUAAGCGAAGGAGCAAAUACUAUGGACAUUGGACGGACUGUGCUUCAGAACUACCUUCCUCGUCACAGGCUUGAUGCUGGUACUUUCGGAACAAUGGGAGUUGGUUUAGGAUUUGCUAUUGCAGCUGCCAUGGUGGCUAAAGAUAGAAGUCCUGGGCAACGGGUUAUCUGUGUGGAAGGAGACAGUGCAUUUGGGUUUUCUGGCAUGGAGGUGGAAACCAUCUGCAGGUACAACUUGCCAAUCAUACUCUUGGUAGUGAAUAACAAUGGAAUUUACCAGGGUUUUGAUAUGAAUACUUGGAAAGAAACGUCAAAAUUUCGAGAUCCUACUGCAGUGGUCCCUCCAAUGUGUUUACUGCCAAAUUCACAUUAUGAGCAAAUCAUGACUGCAUUUGGAGGCAAGGGGUAUUUUGUAGAAACACCAGAAGAACUCCAAAAAUCCCUGAGACAGAGCCUAGCGGACACAACUAAACCCUCUCUUAUCAACAUCAUGAUUGAGCCACAAGCUACACGGAAGGCCCAGGAUUUUCAUUGGCUGACCCGCUCUAAUAUGUAAAUAAAGAUGCCAGUGGUCUUGAGUUUUCUCUUUCUUGCAAGAUGAAAUUUUAUUUCCCACAGCAAAAUCACUCUACUGUUAAAAUUGUAUAAAAUAAAAUAAACAUUUUAAAAUGACA